UUGGUGGAUCAUGUAGCCCUCCGCUUCUCCUCAUUUUCUUGUAUUUUCUCCACUCUGCAAAUAUUUUUCAGAAGAAAAGAGAAGAAUAUUACAUUUUCAUAUGGAUGGAAAAUAAGUAAAUCUCUAUUAUGUUCUUCGAUCCAUCUACCAUCUUUGUUCACAUGGUGAUUUGAUUUUCUUACAUAUUUCCUUGGACUGAUCUUGACACACUGUGGAUUCCAAAAUGAAAACAGAAACUGACCCUAAGCCCUGCUAAUAGUUCUUAUUAAAGCUUGAGAUUUUAGACUCUGUGACGAAGAUGGAGGAGGGAUUUCAAUUGACCAUGGUGGUGUGAACUUGGAUCUGAAAUUUCUAACUCAAGAACACAUUUUUGGUUUCACCAGCUGGAGGUAACUAAAUUCACUGCUACUGUCUUAAGUGCUAGAGUUUUUAUUGCAGAGAUCGGCAGAUCUGUGAAGUUGAACUUUGAUUUAUUGAUUUUGUUACCUGUGAAACCAUGGAUUUAGCCUUCUGGGACUGUUCAAUCUAGGGCUGAUUAAGAACCCCCGAGAAAAGAUCAAAUUUUUACCGCCAAGUGUUCUGAAAGGAGGUAAAAAAAAAAGGGGGAGUUGAAAUUUCUGUCAAGCUUUCUGGAUUCUUGCUGGCUAGCUACUACUGCUUUACAUUUUGCAAGGGAAUAAUUCAGUGGUCCAUUUGUUGUUUCUUAGAGUUUGAGAAAGAAACAGCUCUUAUUCUUUAGUCUGCUCUGUGGUCUUUAUCCUUGUAAACAUGCAUGCUAGGCAUAGUAGAAGUCCAGUAACUGCUUAUAAUAGGUCUAAUUCAAUUGGGAUGGGAGGUGCUGGGCGUAUAGCUGCAGCCUCGCGAAUUUCGCCCGAAGGAUCCAUGAGAGGCCAUGAAAUGUACAACUCUGAGUACAAAAGCUAUAAUCGUGAUGGUGUUGGGCGUGGCCAGUCAAAGCAUUUUCCACAGAGAAGUGAUGUUUUCAUGGAAGCUGGUCGAAUGGCAGCAGAAUAUUUGGUUAGGAAGGGAUUGCUGCCACAAAGUGUAUUAUCGGGGAAGUUGCAGAAUGGUAAUUUGAGGAGUCCACUAGGAUAUAACUCUGGUUUUAGGGCACAAGAGGGAGAUCAUGAUGAUAUGCAGGUAUCUGUGGGGAGUCGAACAUCUGCUCUUUCUCGCCUGGGGAACCAUGCUGCUGAUGUAGUCCCAGGAAGGAAGCGAUAUUCUGAUGAAUAUGGUGCAAUUGGGCCAAAAAGUUAUAUUAGAGGCAGGAGAAGAAAUGGAUCCUUUAAGGAUUCUGAGUGGAACCGAGAUUUAGGAAGAAGUGGGUCGUGGUCUGAUAGAUCCAGGGCCUCCCAAGACGUGGAUAAUCACCCUGAUCAUUUCUCGGGGCAUUAUCAAGAUGAAAAGAAAUUCACUAAAGACAGUUAUAGUGAAUUGCAGAAGUCCCCUCCAACUGGAAUAAUUCCAGAAACAGAUUCUGAUGGGAACUUUGUGCGUGAUUCAGAGUUAACCUUAGGCAAAUACAAUUCAGUAAGUAAUACAGCUACAAAGGGAAGUGCUACUAGUAUCGGGAAGGAUGAUGUGGGGCCUAUUCAGAUGUCUGCCAAGAUGGAAACAUCAACUGGUGAAGCUGGGGAAGUUAAGGAUGGCAAUAAUAAUGAUGACAUGAAGCAAAAAUCUACUGAAGAUGACUCACGUGUCCAGUUGCGUGCUGAAGAAGAUACUCAAACAAGCAAGAAAGGCACUGACUUACUUAGCCUUUGCAGAUUUGAGAAAAUUCCUACAAAAACUCGCUCUUCAUUGACAGGUAGAAGUUCAAAGGUUGUUCGAAAUGCCAUGGUGGAGGUGAAGGACACUAAUGAGAGUGGACAUCCAACAGAACUCGGGUCCCACGCUGAAGAUAUGCCUUCGGAUCCUUCAUUACAUCAAAAUCAUGACAUUAAACCCGUUGGUUCUGACAAUUCAAUUGUGCCAGCUGCCGAAGAAAAUAUUACAAGGUCUUUAUCUUUCACAGAUGACGCAGAAAUGGAAGGGGGAGUUAAAAAUGAGGAACUGACUAUAUUUGGAAAUUGCAGCACUGCAGAAAUAGGCCAAAAAAGAGCAUUAGAUGAUGACAAUGGGCACGAACAAAAUAAGAAACCUAGAGAGUUCGCUUCAUCUGAUGAUACUCAGUCAAAUUUUUUCAUGUACCAUUCUGGUUUAAAGGAAAAGCAGCAGAAUUUGCAUGAGCCAGAGACUGCAAAUGGUAAGCGUGCAGUAUUGUCACCUGAACAUAAGAGAUUAGUGGAUGUGUCUCUUUUUCCAAAUGGUGAUGUCAUGCAAAGUGCUGAAUUUGAGGAAAAGCAACUCUUUCCUAGUUCAUUUAAAACAUGUGACCUAAAUCUUAUGGAAGCUUCAGAUAUGAAUGACAAUCAUGAUUCUGAUGCCGAUCUCAUUUUCCCAUCUAUUACUGAAAGUGGAAAACCAUCUGCAUCUAUAGAUAUUGAUUUAUCCAUCAACAGUAACUGCAAUUUAAUGGACAAAUACAAUAAAUGCGGCUUUGGUGGAAAAGAUAUUGAAGUGAUUGAUUUGGAAAAUGAUUCUGAACAAGACAGCAAGACAUUCAAUAAUCAACUGGGGAGUUCUGUAACUGGAUUCACGGGCCGUGAAGGAUUUCCUAAUAAUGCACAUAAUGUGAAUGAGAUUGCUGAUGUUCAGGAUGGUUAUGGAAUGAUGAUAUCGGAGCUACUUGGGAAUGAUAUGCCAAACUGCUCCUCUGUACCAGGAGAUAUGAAUGCUCUACACAAUGAUAUGGGACUUCAUAACGGAGAGGGAAUUCUUGGUGAUGAUGAUUCAAUAUAUAUGUCCUUGGGAGAAAUACCAAUAGGCUUUAUGAGGGCCUGGGAGCAGCCAUCUCAGGAAUUCGGGAAGCCGUUUUGAGCAAUAUAUUAUAUCCAGGUUUAACUCGAUCAAUGUACCAUGAGGAAGACAUUUGUCUAGGCUCUUUUAACUGCUGUGCAUCUUUUAGUAGCAGUGACUAUCGAGUCAUGCAUUCCCAUGAUGCUGCACAUAAUUGUAUCAACUUACUUCUUUCUAUACAAGGUUGUCAAAUUAUGUGCUUCCUUCCGAUCCAUUUUGAUUCGCCAUUCACGAAAUAUGUCUUUUCUCGACAAAAUCUAUCCUUUAGCACUUUUUUGUGUGAAAACUGCGGCUUGUAAAAGCCAGCAAAUCAGAGGACGAUGAAAGAAUGCGGGUUGAUCCAUGGUUUUUUGCAGGUGGAUUGGAAACAUAGUUUGCAGUUUAGGAACUUGUAUCUAAGAACACCAUUCUUGAGUUAUCCGUUAACGUAAAGUCUUAAUGUC